AUGUCUUUCGUUUUUGUCCUACAGCAAAGUUGGCUUACUACGGCGGUGGUAGCUGCUCUGCUGUACGUUGCCGCCGCUUCCGUAUAUCGAGUAUAUUUCAGCCCACUGGCCAAAUUCCCGGGACCGAAGCUCGCCGCUGCAACACUUUGGUAUGAAGCAUAUUACGAUGUUGUCAAACGGGGCCAGUAUGCAUUCAGGAUCAAGGAAUUGCAUCGGAUGUAUGGUCCAAUUGUCCGUAUCAAUCCGCAUGAGCUUCAUAUCGAUGACCCGGAUUACUAUGAAGAACUGUACUCUCGGACCUCCCCAAGAGACAAAUAUAAAUACUAUACGGAUCAAUUUGGCAUCCCGAAUUCCUCGUUUAGCACCAUAAACCAUCGUUUGCAUAGACUGCGACGUCAACCUCUGAAUCCAUUCUUCUCAAAACAGAGUAUCCAACACUUAGAACCCAUCAUCUCUGGAAUGGUUGAGAAGCUUUGCAGUCGAAUUCAAGAUUUGAAGAAGUCGGGUCAGCCAGUGUUGAUACGGCCGGUUUACCAGUGCUUGACCACGGAUGUGGUGACUCUUUAUGCACUUAACGAAUGCUGGAACUAUCCUGACAGGCCGGCCUUCUCGUCUGAAUGGUGCGCUACUGUUAAAGCAACGGGAGACAUGGGCAAUUUCAUGAAGCAGGCUCCUUGGCUUUAUCCGAUAUUAUUAGCAUUACCAGAUGCUGUAAUCUCAACCAUAUUCCUUGGCAUGUUGUUGCUGCUAAACUGGCGGAGGAUUGACAAGCCUUCUGAGAUCAAUGAAGAUGGAUUGGCCCGCACGAUCUUCCAUUCGCUUUUGAAAAGCGAUAUACCGCCUGAGGAGAAGAACUUGGAUAGAUUGACGCAAGAGGGACAGCUCAUCGUUGGAGCAGGGGCAGAUACGACCGCCAAUGUUUUGACCGUUACAACCUUCCAUCUGCUUAAUAACCCCGACAUUCCAUUGAAGCUGCGCGAAGAGCUUGAAAAUGCAACACCCGAUCCGUAUGAGCCCUUAAAAUUAGCAACUGCUGAGCCACUACCAUACCUGUCAGCAGUAAUAAAUGAAGGCUUAAGACUUUCCUAUGGCCUCUCCACACGCUUGCAACGUGUAGCUCCUUCUGAGGAAUUGCACUAUGGUCAAUGGACCAUUCCUGCUGGCACACCUGUUGGCAUGACCUCGGUCUUGAUGCACCACAACGAGACCAUCUUUCCCAACUCCUAUGCGUUCGCCCCCGAGCGUUGGUUAGAUCAAGCCAACGGCGGGCAUGCACUUGAACGCUAUCUUGUCUCCUCGAAGGGAAGUAGGCAGUGCAUUGGCAUCAAUCUCGCCAAAUCAGAGUUGUACCUCACACUCGCGUCUGUCUUCUGCCGAUACAGCCUCGAGCUCUUCGACACCGACCGGGACAGGGAUGUGGACUUGAAGCACGGCAACUUCUUGCCACAGCCUAGCUGUGGGAGUAAAGGUGGGGUGGCUUAUCCUAUUAGUGCCUCAAUGGGCAACGUGGAAGAAGGCACCAAGGGAGCAACCACCACUGAUCGGUUGCAUGGUUGCUUUCAACAGAAUAACGUAUCUUCUUGGGUCUUAUUAGAUGAUGCAAAGGAAGACAUGAUCGUUGAGUAG